AUGGGUCUUUUCAUAACCAAACAAUGGGAAGCAUAUCGUUGGGUCGUCUACAAGAAGAAAGAUGAGAAAAUAAUUUUCCAGAGGAAAGCUUAUGAUCUGCAAGAUCCGCACGCACUUGCGUCUUUCAUCCGUUCGAUGUAUAACUACACAUACUACGUCUACCACUUCGGUCCCAUCGUCAAGGAGCAAACCGUCGAUAAAUUGGCCAGGGAAGUCCAGGAGACAUACCCUCGCACCCUCACUACCAAGACCACCAAAAAGCGAAAAAUGGACGAAUCACAAGACGACGGGUCAGAGCAGGAUGGCGGUGGGCAGGCUAGUGAGCAGGGCGGUGGGCUCCAGGUCCGUAAAGCUAUGGAAAUAACAUUACUGGACUCCGGAUACGUUAUGGGCGGGGAGAUAAAAAAAGGUGUUUUCCGAGUGCUACGCAAAGGAAUGCCAUUCAUCGCAAAACUGGGAAACCCCGACGAACUGUCUUUCUUGCGUUAUCUCUCUUCGAUAGAAUCAACCCAGAAACAUACCCUCGACUUUGUGGACAUCUUGGAGUCCCUUAUAGGGCAACUGAUGAUCCUCCCUAUGCAUCACUGUCUUGAUAACAUCGACAUUGCUAACACUCCACUGAUGGGCCGGUCCAUCCAACUACGUCGUCAGCUUGUGGACGGUGUGGCAUUCCUUCAUAGACUUCACAUUGCGCACCUAGACAUCAAGCCUUCGAAUAUCGUCUACGACUUCAAAGCUCAACGUCUAUUUAUUAUUGACUUUGACGUUGCUGUCUGGUGCAAUGACACGGAAGCGAAGGUUAAGAUUUGCUGGGGUACUGAAGGUUGGACAGCUCCAGAAGUUGUUCUCGAUGAAAGCAAACCAGUACGACCAGUAAACCCUAUCAGGGUCGACUUAUGGUCCUGUGGGCGAGUCCUCAAAUGGGUCGAUCAGUUUUCAUACGAAAAUGAAAAUGACGUCGAUUUGACGCGGUUAUCUCUUCUUCUUAUGGAUGAUCAACCAGAAUACCGGCCUCAGUUAGAUGGCAUGAUUUAUGAAGAGCCAGGUUUCUGGUGUUCGGAUUGCCUCACUCAAGCUCUUGACAGUCAUUGUGACUAUGUUUCACGUUUGCGAUCUUUAGAGAACAUGUCAAGAUUAAGCGAGAAGCGAGGAAGGGAAAACCGAUGA